CCCCUGGGGCGGGGGGGCAGGCAGGGGUCGGGCCAGGGCUCCGCAGCAGCAGCUCAGGAAGGCCCCCUUCCUGGGCUGGGAGGAGCCAGAGAGGCCCCUGCCAGCCUGUCACAGGCUCCUGGCACCGGCAUUGGCUCUGACUUUCACACACAGGCGUGCGCGCGCACACACACACACACACACACACACACAUACACACUCACACUCACACUGGCAGGCGCCCUCUUGGUGGCCUCCACGGUCUCAUCUUCAGACAUACAGGUCCUGCCUCCCAGGCUCAAAGCCGGCUCCGUAGGGGACACAGUGACAUGAGAGUCACAACACAGACCCACCUUCUGGCCUGCUCCCUCCUCUGCCUCCUCUCAAAGGUGUGUGCCCAGCUGUGCCCAACACCGUGUGUCUGCCCCUGGCCGCCACCCCGGUGCCCACCGGGGGCGCCCCUGGUGCUGGACGGCUGCCGCUGUUGCCGGGUAUGUGCCCGGCGGCUGGGGGAGCCCUGCGACCAUCUCCACGUCUGCGACCCCAGCCAGGGCCUGAUCUGCCAGCCCGGGGCGGGCCCUGGUGGCCGAGGGGCCGUGUGCCUCUGGGGAGAGGAUGACGGGAGCUGUGAGGUGAACGGCCGCCUGUACCGAGAUGGGGAGACCUUCCAGCCCCACUGCAGCGUCCGCUGCCGCUGUGAGGACGGUGGCUUCACCUGUGUGCCACUGUGCAGUGAUGACGUCCGGCUGCCCAGCUGGGACUGCCCACGUCCCAGGAGGGUUGAGGUCCCCGGCAAAUGCUGCCCAGAGUGGGUGUGUGACCAGGGAGGGGGCCUGGGGGUCCAGCCCCUCCCAGCCCAAGGUCCCCAGUUUUCCGCCAUCCCCUGCCCAGAAUGGAGCACGGCCUGGGGCCCCUGCUCAACCACCUGCGGGCUGGGCGUGGCCACCCGGGUGUCCAACCAGAACCGCCUCUGCCGCCUGGAGACCCAGCGCCGCCUGUGCCUGCCUGCUCCCUGCCCCGCUGCCGGCGGCCCGCGGAACAGUGCCUUUUAGAGCCAGGCUGGGAACGGAGGCUUGGUGCCUACGCUGCCCAGCAGGCAGCCCUGAGCCUGGACCCUGAGCAGACGGCAGAUGGCCCCUCCCCUCCCCCUUGACUGGGGCACCGGCAUCCGGGCACCGGCAUCCAGGCUCCCGGGGGGACAGGAAUGUUCACAAGCCAUCGGUCCAUCUGGACCCUGAGAUAGAGCUGGGAUGUAUGCCCCAGUCUCCCGUCCUCUACCUCACAGCCUAGGGGGCUGGCCAAGGUCUCCGGGGUCUUCUGAUCCAUUCCCAGCCUCCACGCAGCCUUUCCCACACACAUGCAUGGCAGGCUGUCAGCAGAUAAGGCGACCAGCUGUCCCUUCAUCAUCAGGCCAAGGCAGGUGCUGGGCUGGACUGGCUAUUUUUCAGGGGGUGGUGAAGAGGGGCACACAGAUAUUGUGAGUCCCCUGCCCCCUUUCCUGGAGUUGACACAAAAACGUGCCCAGAUACAUGUCUAUGCAAGAGCUUGUAGGUCGGGCUCGUGCCGUCUGGGAAAGCCCUCCCCACCCAAGGGCAGAAUUCAGAGGCUGCGUUCUUUGUGAAAGUCGCAGGGUGAAGUCACACUGUCUUGAAGAAAGUCAGAAAGCAGGCCUGAAAGGGAUCUGCUAAACCCAACUUACAUUAAUGAGAAUGAACGUUCCGCGAGCACCUGCAACGUGCCAGGCACUGAGCUAGACACUAUAUAACGGUUGGUGCUUCGCAACAUUUAAGACCAGAGAAAAUCAGGGGAGAAUGAAGGCCAUCCCCCCCCGGAGACUGGGGAACACGGCCUGAAAUAAACCCACCCGAGUGUGAAA